CGAAUUAUAUAAGAAAAAAUGAGUUCCGACCGCUCUACUUGGAAAAUAAAGUCCUCAAGAACAGCUAACCAAGCUCAUAACCCCAUUAGAGCCAUUGUCGAUCAGCUCAAAUUGAAUCCCAAUGUCACCAAGUCAUUGAUUAGUUUAUCUAUUGGUGACCCUACCAUUUUUGGAAAUUUUAAUGUCGACCCAAGUAUCAACGAAGCUGUUGCGAAACAGUUGAAUAGUUAUCAAGCGAACGGUUAUCCUCCUGCUGACGGUACUUUGCAAGCACGUAAAGCCAUUGCUGAAGCAAAUAGUGUUCCUAGUGCUCCUCUCGCCCCCAGUGAUGUUAUUUUAGCUAACGGUUGUUCUGGCGCACUUGAAAUGUGCGUGAAUGUUCUUUGUAAUGAAGGCACCAAUAUCCUUUUGCCUCGCCCAGGUUUUUCUCUUUAUGCGUCCUUAGCUGCCACUCGUUUUGUCGAAGCUAAAUAUUACAACUUAUUGCCCGAGAAAAAUUGGGAAGCAGAUGUAACUCAAAUGGAAUCUUUGAUCGAUGAAAAAACUAGUGCAAUUUUGGUUAACAAUCCCUCUAACCCAUGCGGUUCAGUGUAUUCUCGCGAGCAUUUGGAAGCUAUUUUAAAAGUCGCCGAGAAAUAUCAUGUACCCAUUAUUUCUGAUGAAAUUUAUUGUGAUUUAGUUUUCGAAGGAAAUCACUUCUUCCCCAUGGCUACAUUAACCAGCACUGUGCCUAUUUUAGCCGUCGGCGGACUUGCCAAAAAAUGGCUUGUACCUGGCUGGAGAGUUGGAUGGAUCAUGAUUCAUGAUCGUAACGGAGUUUUUGCCGAGAUCAACCAAGGUCUUCAUCAGUUAGCACAAAUUAUUCUCGGUCCCAACUCGCUUAUUCAAGCAGCUAUCCCAGAUAUCUUAGAAAAGACACCCGCUUCUUUCUUUGAAUCAACCAUUCAGCAAUUACAAGACAACGUCAAGUUAAGUGUCGAAGCUCUUACGCCCAUCGAUGGGCUUGUUCCAGUCAAUCCUCAAGGCGCCAUGUAUAUGAUGGUUGGUAUCGAGAUUGAAAAGUUUAAAGAUAUCGAAAACGAUGUUCAAUUUAGUGCCAAGCUUUUGGAUGAAGAGAAUGUCGUUUGUCUUCCUGGAGAGUGCUUUAACUAUCCCAAUUUUAUUCGCCUGGUUAUUACUGCUAAUCGCGGUCGCCUCGAAGAAGCUUACCAAAGAAUUAACGAGUUCUGCGCCAGACAUCGCAAAUAGACAGAUUAUUUUUAAUAAACAAUGUAGUAUAAUUUAACCGCACAGACCCUUGAUAUUUAUUUAUAUCAAAACGAUUAGGAGAAGAGACGUAA